ACCAAAAUAAAAUAAAAAAUUAAAUAGAUAAGAAACAAAGAAAGAAAAAGAAAAUGUUAGUAACUGCUAGUUUAUGCAUUGGUACCUUUAUUAUCAUAUGCAUAACUCACUGGGUUUAUAGAUGGAGAAAUCCCAGAUGCAAUGGAAAACUUCCUCCUGGUUCUAUGGGCUUCCCUAUUAUUGGGGAAACUCAUCGGUUCUUUACACCAACUACAUCAUCUGAUGUUUCUCCUUUCAUGAAAGAAAGAAUGGAAACAUAUGGUCCCGUUUUUAAAACUAGUUUGGUGUGGCAGUCUUUCGUCGUAUCAACAGACCCUGAAGUCAAUCACAUGAUCAUGUCCCAGCAAGAAGGCCAGUCAUUUGAAUUUUGGUAUCCUGAUAGUUUCAAAAAGAUAUUAGGGGAAGCAAGUUUAUUGACACUACAUGGUUCCAUUCAUAAGUACAUAAGGAACAUGGUUUUGAGUUUCGUUGGUCCUGAAAGUCUGAAACAAAAGCUUCUCCCUCAUGUAGUACAUGGGGUACAAAGAAAUUUAUCGUUGUGGGCUAAUGAAGAUAGUGUAGAUUUGGUAGAAUCAGUGAAGGAGAUGAUAUUUGAACUGACUGCAAAGAAACUCAUCAGCUACGUAUAUAAUCCUAACAAGUCCUCGGAGAAUCUAAGAGAAUGUUUUUCUAAAUUCACUGAAGGAUUAAUUUCUUUCCCACUAGACAUUCCUGGGACCGCGUACCAUAAAUGCUUACAGGGCCGUAAGCAAACAAUGGAGAUUUUGAAAGAUAUGCUACAAGAGAGACGAAAAAAACCUAAAAGUUACCAAGAAGAUUUCUUUGAUUAUAUCCUGGACGAACUGAAGACUGAAGGAACUGUGCUGACCGAAGCAAUUGGUUUAGACUUAAUAUUUUUGCUUCUCUUCGCCAGUUUUGAGACGACAUCUGUAUCAACAACUUUUGCUAUUAAGUUACUCACAGAGAACCCUGCAGUUUUGGAGGAAUUAACGGAAGAACAUGAAGCACUCAUCCACCGCAGAAAAAACGAAGAUGAACAACUGACAUGGAAAGAAUACAAAUCAAUGAAAUUCACAACUCAGGUUAUCAAUGAGGCAGUGAGAUUAGCAAAUAUUGUUCCUGGAGUUUUCAGAAAAGCAUUGAAGGACAUACAUAUAAAAGGAUACACGAUACCAGCAGGGUGGGCUGUCAUGUUAUGCAUUCCGUCAGCACAUCUGAAUCCUUCCACGUACCAAGAUCCCCUUGAGUUCAAUCCACAUAGAUGGGAUGGAGUGGAGUUAAAUGGAGCAACAAAAGAUUUCAUGGCUUUUGGUGCUGGUCAGAGAUUUUGUGUUGGAACAGACUUUGCCAAGCUACAGAUGGCUGUUUUUCUUCAUUACUUGGUUACAAAAUACAGGUGGAAAACAAUUAAAGGAGGAGAUAUUGCCCGGGUUCCUGGCGUAACAUUUCCAAAUGGUUUUCACGUUAAAAUCUCAGAAACGAACACCUGAAAGGAUGUAUGCUUACUAUGCUUAUUCGUUGAAGCAGUUCAGGAUUGUGCCCAUGGAGGCAGUGUGUUUCUUUUGCAAUUGUAAUUUUAUUUCAACUAUAGUAAGUUCUGAUGCAGUACAAAGUUUGUGCCUAAUGGUUAUAACAGUUUUCUCUCUUGUAAUCGUAUGUGUGUAUUCUCUAUUAAAGGUAAUAUAAGUGUGCAGUGGGCAUAUGUCUCAUGUUUGUAAGAAUAAGUGAAUGUGCUGGUAAAGCACUUGUCGUGUGUGUAUAAAUAGUGUGUGGUUAGUAUCAUGGGGGUGAAAACUUCACAGCGAAUGAUCCAUUAAUGAAGUCUUCGUCUCCUCUUUCUUCUUCUCC